AUGCCCACCUCGUCCUCAAAUCCACCAUUUCUAUUCCACAAUGGAGCUCUUCUCUUACCACGCGGAUACAGCAACGCCAAAAAGAUUGCCCAACGAGUAGGAAACAACUCCAGAAACAAACACCUUCCCAGCCUGACGGGGGCGCUGGCCGAGUUUCAGAAAGCGCAAUGCUUUUUCAUGCUAGCAAUCAACAUUGCAGCUCUUGUCAACAGGAAAGGCGGAGGAUUUCAGCCAAACAGCUUGCAGCAGUUGUAUAACACAUACAUCCUCAUCAAGAGCAUCUCCAUCAGCGGGUAUCUUCCCGUCACCUUCACUCUCUUCACACUGCACCUAGUGGACGUGGUGUCAUGGUACCUCUUGGUAUUGUCGAUCGUCACUGUCCUAAUAUCAAUCGCGACUCUCUUCGUCAUUGGGAACUUUAGUCCUAGUCAGGGUGACCUGAAUUACUUGAGCCAGCAGGCAUUAAGCGGCGGGCCUGACUCCUGCGGGACGAGGAACCUUGGCGUGUACUGUUAUAAUCCAGUUGGUGGAGCGGAGGACUACGGCUCAGUUAAUCCUGCCAGUGGAGCGUACUCCAUGUUGGCGUUCUGCCUCGUUGUUCUCAUCCUCCUUGUUGCGCAUCAGUACCAUGCGUUCAAGGAUCCGUCGACAGGACAACCCAAGCCAUGGCUCUCAAGGGCUCUUGGUGCUUUCUUUCGGAAGUAUGACUUCAGUCUUCGAAUCAUCCAAUUUGGACUUGCACUGAUCUCUAUCGGUCUGAAUAGCUACGUUACUGAUUCGUAUGCCUAUGGUAUCGGAGGCGAGCUCAGUGCUAAUAGAUACUAUGAUGAGGACGGGAGCUUCCUGUCGGCAGGCGCACCUGAGUUCGUCAUCUUUGCCUCCUGUUGGUCUCUUUUAUUCGUUCUUUACCUGUUCCUUACCUCAACUACCGCCUAUACACGCACCCAGAAGCCAAUGGGCAGAUACUUCAACCAAAAGAUUGCUUUUGCUGUGGACUCGUUGUCUGCAAUAUUUUGGUUCGCUGGCUUCAUUGCCCUUGCACUGUUCUAUCAAGUCCUUGGUCCUUGUGAGUAUGAAGGUAUCACCUUCGUCGCAACAACAGUGUUGGCUGCGCGUCACAUGCUUCGUACCCGUAAUGAACGUUCCGAGAAGCAUACUCGUGGGAAGCAGUACUCGAUCCUACAACACUUCAACAACCACCGCCUGAAACGGCAGCUAUCCGAGAAGGUCCCCUCGUGGAAACGCCUUACAAGAAAGGUACCGUCAUGGAAGCAAAUAUCACGCAAACUGCCCUCAUGGACCAAACACCCAUUGAUAAUCGACACAUACACAAGGCUCCAGCAAAACACCAUCCCCACCAUGAAGGUCCAUACCCGCCGUGCCUACCAAGACGUGAAGACCCACGCAUCUACGUUGGACUUGCCUUCGACAAUUACAUCCGCCGCGUUGUUUUCAAUGUACCUCAUUUUCUUCGGCCUGUACAUCCAUUGGUUCAAGAUAUUCAUCCAAGAUCUCGAGUGGUUCGGCUACAAUGGCGUGGAUGUGAAUUCUUGGAGUUUCGGGCAGGUCGUUGCGAUCACGGUCUGGGCGGAGCCGCUGUGCGAGUAUUUCCAUUUGGAGUUGCGCGGCAUGAAACGCGGUUUCGAACAUCGCCUCUGGGGCUACAAAGUCGUGAAGAUAAAGCAGCCGGAUGCGGAACGAGGCCUCGUGUCCACCUCCUCGUCUUCCGUUCGUUCACCUUCACCAACCGCCUCACUCGAUGACCACGAGAUCGGCGAAUAUGGCAAGUUGGGCAUUGUCGCAUCCCCCAACGAGGGCGAUCCGGCCCAGGACGGCGAGGAUCUCGAUCAACAGGGAGGCGGCUGUAGCAAGUCUGGGAACCUGGAAUCAACGAUAAGGCCGGUGCCGGAGUCGAGGGAAAGGAGUGAGGAGAUAGAGGAGUGCGGACGAGUAGGAGGAGAGUGGCAGAUUCCGGAAACGGUCAUUCUGACGAGCGAGUCCAUAUCGCCGUUUUAG